AUGGCGGAGGGAACGAGCGGCGCGGUGCGCCCCCACGGGCCCCCACUCGAGUCGCGCCUCUGCGAUGUGGUGCUCUCUGAUCUUGCACAGACGCAAGUGCUCCAUCUCGAGCAGUUCCUGCAGGAAAUGGGCGCGCAGAUCUACUCGCACCGCGCUCACAAGGAAAACAACACCGGGAGCUGGGCGACAUCGCUGGCGCUCGCCAGCCCGGUGGCUGGGAACGACCUGACCGUCUUUCCGCAUCCCGAGCAGAAACUGACCAAGGCGCUCGAGCACGCGCUGAACGAGCUCGUGACGACCGAGCGCACCUAUGUCACGCGCAUCGAGGCUCUGUUUCACCGUUAUGCAAUUCCCUUGCGCCAGCUUGCUCAGGACAAGGAUACGCAGAUUAUCCCGGCGCGCGAGGCCGAGCGCAUGUUUGGCAACCUCGGCGAGAUUGUCGCGGCGAACAAGAUGCUCCUGUGCGAGCUCGAGAUCCUCCACGAGCAGGGCGCCGCGUACAUGGCGGCGUCGGUCGGCGACGUGAUGGCACAGAACAUGCACCGCUUUGCAUGCUACGACGAGUACAUGGGCGAUUUUGAGCAGGCCAAGAAUAUCUACAACAAGAUGCUCAAGAACAAGGCGUUCCGGGGGUUCAUCGAGCGCACGCAGCACGCUGCGAACGACGUCGGAAACUCGGGCCUGCGCGAGCUGAUGAUCGAGCCGCUGCAGCGCAUUCCCCGCUACCGCCUGCUGAUGAACAACAUCAUGAAGGAGAUGCCCACAUCCUCGGUGCAGUACCAGCGCCUGCACGAGGCCAGCAGCCUCGCGGGACACAUCGCCUCGCGCGAGGUGAACAAUGCGACGCGCCGCGCGGCCAUUCUCUGGAGCUGCGCACGCGCCAUCGACCGUUUCCCGGAAGAACUCGCGGCGUCGCGUCGCGAGCUCCUCGGCUGCAUCGACGUGGAAGAGUCGAGCGCCGAGACGCAGACAGGCAUGCUGCACGCCCUCACCUCGGUGCUUGGCCAAAAGAAGCGCGCCGCGCCGCUUGCGCUGCUCGUCUUUGACGACAUCCUCGUCGUCGUCCAGCGCCACUCGAGUCACCCCACGCACCAGGUGCUCGGUGUGCAAGAGCCCGAGAAGCUCGUCGACAUGAUGCAGCUCGAACAGACGCGCUCGCCGGUGCCGAGCAAAAAGCACGAGCUGUCGUUUGCCGGCGCCAUCGACCUCCGCCACGUUCGGGCGACCGGCCUGGACGGGCGCCAGGCGCAGUUUACUUUCCUCGAGCCGCUGCGGGGCUCCGGCAACGCGGCCGAGACGCGCGUGUUUGCCGACGCCAACGCCUCGACAGAGCUGCCGCGCAUGGCGCUCUUUCUCGACUGCCUGUGGAAGGCGCAGGCAGUGCACCGUGCGCGGGCGCGCGCCUUGCAGGUGCGUGCGAGCGUGCUGCCUGCGUCCGAGGCGCGCGGCGCGCACGCGAUGCUCUGGACGCUCCUCACCCCGUCGCAGUUCCAGCGCUUUCCUCACAAGACCAGCCCCCUGUUCCAGAUCGGCUCGGUGGACAGCGCCGCGCAGCUGCAGCAGGCGCACGAGCUCGAGACCUGCGUCAACGUCGAGAUCCACGCCGAGAAGAAGACGGGCACGGUGACGAUCCUGCGUGCGUUUGGCACGCAGCGCCAGGAGCUCGACGUGGUCCUGCGCGAUAUUCCUGCGCUGAUGGGCGACGUGUGCAGCGGCACGGCCAAGCUGCCCGAGCCUGCGCCGGUCUCGCCGCAGCAGGCGCCGGCAGAGGUGCCGGUGCGCCGCACCAAGUCGCUCCGUACGCCGUCGCGCAACAUGCCGCGCGCACACCGCGCGCGCAGCCUGAUGAACGAGCGUGUGCGAGCGAGCAUCCAGUCGAGUCUCGAGGCGGUGAUGGAGAGCCAGGAGCUCGAGGCGCAGGAGGAUACGAGCCCUGGCCAGAAGCGCACGAUGCCGCUGAGCGACGUCGGCAACCUCUCGCCGAAGCGCCGUGCCGUUUCGCGGGCGAGCGGCCAGGAGAAUGCGCAGGCCGAGGAUGAGCUCGUGAAGGAGUACGAGCGCAUGGAUACCGAGUGCGAAAAGGGGAGCACGACGCCGAUGGAGACGUCGCCGGCACGCAGCGCACUCAAGAUGCGUGCAGAAGAGACACAGCAGCUCCAGAGCCCGUUCGAGGCAGAGGCCAUCGAGAUGCACGGCCACGCACUCGACCGGUCGAUGAGCGCCGACUCGGCAGAAGUCGAGAAACAGCUCGAGCCGCAUAUUGCGCCGGAGCCUGUCAAGGAGCCAGCCGUUGACGAGGAACGCGUGGCGGUGCAGGUGGCCAAGGACGCCGACGCCGCCGACGCCAAGUCUGACAUGGCGGAGGACAAGGCCGAGGAGGCCGAGGAGCCCAAGGUCGAGGAGACCAAGGCCGAGGAGCUCAAUGCCGAAGAGCUCAAGGUCGAGGCGCCCAAGAUCGAGGCGCCCAAGAUCGAGGCGCCCAAGGUCGAGGCGCCCGAGGCCGAGGCGCCCGACAUGGCCGAGGACAAGCCCGAGGAGCGCAAAGAGCCCAAGGCCGAGAAGCCCAAGGGCCCUGCGGCCAGCAAGGUCGACAAGCCCACGGCUGCCCUCCCGGCGACGGCCACGGCGACGGCCACGGCGACGCUCACGGUUGUGGACGAGCCCGAAUCUGUUGCGGACGCGCCAGCGUCCCUUGCCGGGGCCUCUGACCAGCCCCCCGCGGUCCCCGAGAAGCCCUCGCGCCCCGCGUCGGUCGCGCCCUCGCGUACACCCUCUGCGUCGUCUGCGCGCCAAGUCACCGAAGAAGAGAUGCAAGAGAUGCUGCGUCCCCUGCUGGGCCAGCUGCACGAUGCGCCGAUGCCGCAGCAGGCCGUGUGCAAAGAGGCUCCCGCGGUCCCCGCUCCCCAGCAAGCCGAGAUCGAGGGCCGCGAGACGCAAGACAUGGACCUUACCGUGCUGCGCCUGCUGCAAGAGGAGCAAGUCCGUGAGUCGGACGUCCCCCCCGUCCCCGUGCUGGACGGGCUCAAGUCGCCCGCGGUCGACAUGCCCGAUGCAGCGAGCCCUGUGAUCAAAGAGAGCGUGGAGCCCGACCACGAGUCGCACGCGAUGCGGCGUGCGAUGGCGCGCGUGAACGAGAUGGUGGCUACGCUGCGCAAGCACCGCCCCGCGACCGCCGCUGGCGACUGGCAGUCGGACUGGGCGCAGUUCAAGCAGGCGAUCAAGGCGAUGAACAUCUGCUGGACGCACAUGGAGCGUGCCUAUGAGAACAAGCAGAUGGAUCUUGCGUCGCUGCGCCUCGCGCAGCCCGAGCACGAUCCCUGCGUGCGUGUGCCUGCGGACGAGUAUAUGAGUCUGCAGGACGAGGCAAAUAUGGUCGUCCCCCUGCGCAUCCAGAUCGAGCAGCUGAACAAGAAGUGCGACGCGCUGAGUGCGCUCGAGCAGGACACGCGCAUGGAGAAUGCGGAACUGUACAAUGUAUUCAACGAGGAGCUCAGCCAGCUGUACAAGCACAGCUUCCGGCCAGCCGACGAGGAGAUCGAGACUCUGCGCCAGUCGCUCCUCGCCGCCAAGGAGGAGCUGCACGCGCUCCGUGUGGAGAACAAAGAGCUGCGCCAGCAGUGUGCCUUGGCCCACGCAACAUAG